GUCAUAAUCAAUCCAAUUUGCACCGGUAGUCGAGCUCCAGAAUGGUACAAAAUGCAAACCACCCGCAAUUGUCCCGACGAUCUACGAAUUCAGCUCACAAUUCGGAUGGACAAACCCAGCAAUCUCAAGUACUGUGGCUACUGCUACGCUGUUGGUCGCAAUGCUUUCAAGAAAUGGCGGAAACGCUACAUUUGCCUCAUUCAGGUUUCACAGUACACCUUCAUUAUGGCAUCCUAUAAGGAGCGCAAAUCUGAGCCGCUGGAAAUUAUGCCGCUUGAUGGAUACACGGUGGAUUACUGUGAACCACAACAUGACCUGGUCAGUUUGGGCGGCGGGAGGUAUUUCUUCAACUUGGUGAAAGAGGGUGAUGGCAUGUACUUCGCGACAGAUGAUGAGAACGAGAGACAGCUGUGGGUUCAAGCAAUCUAUCGGGCAACUGGACAAACUCACAAGCCGACUCCACCACUGCAGCCGUCUCUUCCAACCUCUGAUGCUCUUGCAGUCACCACAGCUUCCAAUGUCACUGCAGCAUCGGCGAAAGGCGGUAAGAACGAGUUGAAAUUUACCACAAAAGCGAUAUUUUCAUUAGACAAUGAAUCUUCAAUAAUUCAAUAA